UAUCGUUUAAGUCCGCUUACAUUAAUUCCGAUAAUUGUUGGAAGCAUCAUCAUAAAAAUAAAUAAUAAAUAGUGGACCGACCCCAUAAAAAUAUUGAGGACAGAAAUAAAAGGAAACCAAGUCUGAAACACAAUGAUUGAUUAAUCACUUAUAAGGCCUAAACUCACUUUUUUCUAGUUUUUCUCUUCUUUUAGCUCAAAAGAGAUCAAAAGAGACACACAGAGAGAUCCAUGGAGGGUCUUCAAAGAUCAACAAUCUCCUUCCGCCGUCAAGGAUCUUCCGGUAUAGUUUUUGACGAUCGUCUCAUCGCUGAGCUUAACAAAACGGGAGGCAACGAACAGAAAGACGAAAGUCAACGCGACGAACAACCUAAGCCUAUGUCGGAAAGCUCAGAACAGGUCAAACCAAUCACCGGCGGCGAUGAGAAAGACAAGCUCAGACCGAUUAAAACCGGUGGAGGAGCACCAGGAGGAAUAGAGAGAAGUCGAUCUAACGGUGGAGGAGCUCAACGACAUCACAGAACAACCGGAAGAGUGUCUCCGGCAGUGGACCCGCCGUCUCCGAGAAUUUCGUCAUGCGGUUGCUGCUCUGCGUUUGGAAAGAAUCCGCCGGGGAAGAAGGUUAAUCCGAGGAAAAGGCCGCCGAAACGUAGAUCGAGGUAGGCGUCAGGAUUAUAAAUUUAUGAGAACAAAAUAGUAUACACUGUCUUUCAUCUUCUUUCUUUCUUUUUUUUUUGUAUGUGUGUUUGCUCUCUGUUAUAAAAACUUUUUCGAUUUGAUCAACAGACUCUGGUUAUUGUAAAUUAUCUGUCUUUCUUUGUUUUCGCACAA